AAGCAAGAGAGAAAGAAAGCAAGAGAGCAAGAAAGCAAGAGAGAGAGAGAGAGAUGGGUGUUCUAGGAAGGAGUAACAGAGUUUUCGUUCGUCCUGGUUCAAUAGAAAAAGUGUGCAAAUUCUGGGCAGAAGGAAGGUGUGUGCGAGGUGAUCGGUGCAAGUUUCUGCAUUCUUGGUUCCGUGGUGAUCUUUACUCCUACCUCGCCAAUCUCCAAGGUCACAAUAAGGUUGAUUUUUCUGGUUUUGUUUUUGUUUGUUACUCUGUUUUUUUUUUUUUAUGAUCUUCCGGAUGAGAUGAGAUGAGAUGAGACGCUAGUAGUACAUGAUAUGAUAUGACAGGCGGUGACUGGGCUUGCGCUCCCUCAUUCGGAAUCUGGAGAUAAACUCUACUCAAGCAGCUACGAUGGUACACUAUGCGUUUGGGAUUGCCACACCGGUCAAACGACCCGUGUCAUCAAUUUUGGAGCCCCAAUUGGUUGUUUGAUAAAUGAGGGGCCUUGGCUGUUCAUUGGUCUGCCAAAUCUUAUCAAGGUUUGGAACACCCAGAACAAUAAUGGACCUGAAUUCGCAUUCACUCUGGAGGGGCCUGUGGGUCAAGUCAACUCUAUGACUUUGGUGAAUGGUACUUUGUUUGCUGGUACCCAGAGUGGGCAGAUCUUAGCAUGGAAAGCUUCCUCUGAAGAAGCUAAUCCUUUUAUUCCUGUUAGUGUCCCAUCGUCCGUGACACAUGAAGGUGCAGUAGUCUGUUUAUGUUAUGGUGGAAACAGACUAUUUUCAGGUUCUCUAGACAGUUCAAUCAAGGUGUGGGAUGAGAAUUUACAAUGUGUGGCCACUUUGAAGGGGCAUUCAGAUGGGGUGAUGUCGCUUGUGUUUUGGGGAUACUAUUUAUUGUCAUGUUCAUUGGAUGGCACUGUCAAAAUUUGGGCUACCUCUCAAGGAGGCCAAAUAGAGGAAAACUAUACGCACAAGGAGGGACAUGGUGUUCUUGCACUUAAUGGGAUAACACUCCCUAAGAAGACUGAUGCAGAAGCUGACCAAAAUAUUUUGCUUUGCUCUUGUAAUGACAACUCUGUUCGUCUGUAUGCGCUGCCAAGUUUUGAAGAGAAGGGCAGAUUCUUUACAAGACAAGAGGUGAGGACAAUUCAAAAGGGUCCCGGAGGACUGAUUUUUACUGGGGAUGGUGCUGGUCGUACUACUGUGUGGAAGACGAAUGUCUAAGUUUUUUUGUUCUUGUGUUUGCUUUGAUAGCUAGAUACUUUGAUUCAUUAUUGACUCUUGUAUCAACUCUUACAAUUUGAGUUUUUUAUGAAUGAAUUAUUAGCGGUGGGGGGUUAUGCACAUGAUUGGUGGUUUGAGUAAGUGCCAACAUAGUUGAGAUUUGCUCAAGACUGCGAUGAUGCUUGGAAUCCUCCCAUCCCAUUUUAUGAUAUAUCUUUUUAGUCAUUUUAUUAGCUAUUUGAUUUUUUGUGUGCAUAUUAGUACUUUAUUUUGCACUCUAAGUAUUGUGAAUUACAUGCAUGGAGCUGUUUUUGUGUUUGUAAUUUACGUUUGAUUUGUUGUGAUUGUAUUACUGAUUCGAUUCAAUUUAAUUCACUUGAUGUAUUGAGGACUUCUUUCCA